AUGCUGCACUGUUCACAGUGGCUCAGACACAGAGUGAACGAUCGCGGAGGGACCGCACACAACUUUGCCUUUGAUGCCUUGACAAAGGUUUACAGAGACGCAGUGUAUGGAAACAAUUUAUCACACUCUGGAAAUUCUGUGACCCCUGGACAUUCUGCAGCCGCUGCGUCCACAGCUUCUCCAACGUCUCCUGCGGAAAUGCAGCAUCAAUUACCACGGGGACCUCGGCUUAGCGGUGUGCAAAGGGAAAUACUUCAACUCUACCGUGAUCUACUCAAGGAAACCAGACGAAUGAGGGAUCUUCGAACGCAGGCUAAUCUUCGCCGAUUCAUACGGUCCGAAUUUGACAAGAGUGCAAACAUAUCGCGGAAGUAUAUUACUCGUAUUGAGUGGCAAAUGAAUUACGGAAAGAAUAAAUUGGAUGAGUUGCGACAUAUGAGUCCAGACAUGAGGUUCUCAUUGGUACACUAG